AUGAGUAGAGCAAAUAAUAAUCUCUUAAACAUUCAACCCACAGAUCAUGAGCUCAAAUUCCCUUUCGAAUUGAAUAAGAAGACUUCAUCUUCUCUGCAGUUCACUAACAAUACCGAUGGAUAUGUUGCUUUCAAGGUUAAAACCACGAACCCAAAGAAAUACUCUGCUAGUCCAAAUAUGGGAAUCGUAUUGCCUGGAACAACAUGCGACGUUACAGUAGCUAUGCAAGCACAAAAGGAAGCUCCACAGGAUAUGCUGCAAUCCAAAGACAAGUUCCUUGUACAGACUACUGUUGUUGCAGCACCAACAAGGAACAUUACAAGUGAAAUUUUUAGCAAAGAAAGUGGCAGGGUUAUUGAGGAAUUCAAGUUGAGGGUGAUUUAUGUUGUUCCAGUAGCCAAUCCAGUGCAGCAAGGAUCUGACCAAGGAUCUUCUUCUACUCCUAGCCUGGCAUCUUGUGUGGACAAUGGGAGUCAAACAACUUGUUGUAUAAAAACAUCCAACAACUUGUUGAACAUGCAAUGUGAAAUUGGUAAAAGUUUCCAGAAGAUUUUUGUAUCUAAGAUUGAUGGUAGUCUUUCUAAUGGGGAAAAACUAGUUAGAGGCUCUCCCAAAGCUACAUGCAAUCAGAUUUUCUUGGAAGAAGAUGCUUUUGAGACAUUGGCGAAAUCUAAAUUUAUUAUCAAGUCUCAAUAA